AUGGCCGAUUCCGCGCCCCGCAAGCGCUCUCGUGCUGCAUGUUUGUCAUGUCAGGCGCGCAAGCGUAAGUGCUCUGGCGAAAAACCAUGCGUAACAUGCAUUCACGCUGGCGUCGAUUGUCAGUAUAGCUCCACAUCGCGCCGGAAGCAGCAGAGAACUGGCACCACGUUCAAUGAGGGCUUGCGAAUGCUGCAACAGUUCCCACAACCCCUGGAUGGCCGAAGUUCAGCUAUCGCACCCAAGGAGAGCAGUGCUGCAGGCAGCACUGCUUCUCCAGCCUCGCAUACUCGAUCAGAGCAACCCCAUCAUGCGAGCCAGUCGCUCGAGGUGAACUCCGGAGCCGCAUUUGUUCGCAAGCUUGGUUUACGGAUUGACCCUGCCAAUGCACCACGCUUGAACCUAUUCGCCUGGAACGUUGGCCAGCGGCGAUUGUCGCCGACGUUUUCUUCGGCUACCACGGUCAAGAAGCCAAUUACAAGCAUGCUUUCUCAGGAGGAAAUGCGACGGCUGGCUACUGUCUAUUUCGAGAAAGUUGACACAUGCUAUCCAUUUCUCGAUCGCAAAAGCAUAUUCCAACGCAUUGCCCACAGAUGGAAUGUAUCAACACCCGAUGACAUCGAAAACGAAUUCGAUGCAGUCUUAUACGGCGUUGCAGCCUUCGGGUUUCUAUUCUCACGGCGCGACAUCGUGGAUACAGAACGCCAUCUAGUCGAGGCCGCACGCCUCCUUCUAGAAAAGAGUAUCCUCUGUGCUGAGACACCCUCAAUUGACACAGUUGCCGGCUGGGUGCUCCGCGCCGCAUAUCUACGCAUGACAGCAUCACCACACGCCGCUUGGAUGGCGAGCUGCACCCUAAUGCACAUGGUUGAAGCAGCAGGCAUUCAUCUCGAAUCCACCGAUCCAGAAUCCACAGGCCUCAUCCACGGCCCAUCCAACCCACCAAACCCCAGCCCGCAAAACGACACAGACCUCACCAAACCCCUCAACACCCCCGACAGCCGCCGCCGCCUCUACGGCAUGGCUCGCCACCUCAACACAUGGAUAUCCUACGACCUAGGCCGCUCGCGCGUGAUCCUCCAUGGCGCCCCAACACGGGCCUGGCCUCUUAAUCCACACUCCACCCUUGGUUCUCGCCCAGACCUCUUCCACCUUCUCCCUCUCUCGGAAAACCUUGACCCAACUGGUCCAACCCUGCAAGACCUCCCGGAGCUCGAGGCAGCGCUCACCUCCGUCCUCGACAUCCUCUACACAGAGCAAUCUCUAAUCCUAGUGCAAUGCAACCUGAUGCUCUGCAUCUACCGGCGCAUCCGCGCCCUGAAUGCCCACCCACCGCUCUCAAGCAAAUUGUUGGACCGCGUCCUCGCCCUCGCGGCCCGCGGCCUCCGCGCAGCCCGUGGCAUGGCCGCCUCCACCUGCCCGUGGCAUCAGGUUGCCAACGUGCCAUUCCAGGUGGUCUGCACGCUGCUGGCGAUCGACAAUAGAGCCGCGCUGGCUCUGCUCCCUGACGCCAUGCAGACGCUGCGCGAGGUCUUCGCGGCAUAUGAGACGGAUGCGAUGCGCGAGGCGUACUCGACAGCGUACCUGCUCAUCGCGCUGCAUCAGCGGCGGAAGGAGGAUGACACGCGGGCAUUGGGUGAUGUGCUGAGGGCGAAUGCAGGGGCCGCGGAGCAGAAGGGGUUGCGGCAUGGGGGGUUGGUUGGGGAAGAACAGGGACGGCAGGAACAGCAGCAACCGCAGCAGCAACAGCCUUCUCUGCCGAUGGGUAAUGCGCCUGUUCCUAAUCUGGAGCUUUCGUGGCUCGGGGAUCUGGUUAUUGAUAUGCCUAGUUUGCAGAACUUUGAUCUUGAUCAGUUUCUUAUGACUGAUGUACCGUGGCCGUUACCUGAGAUGGGGCUCUAG